CAGGGCGGAGGCUCCGGCGGCGUCCCGGGAGCGGCUCCGUGUGGGGAUCGGAGCAGAGGCAGCUCGGGCUGUGUCCGUGUCCCCGCUGAGGGAGAAGAGCAGCAAACAGAUCUUUAGAGUGUUCCAGAUGUGUGCCCUUAUGGAGAGAACAUUUUGCCUCUGCUGGAGGGUAAAAGUAGCUGUCUGGAUAAGCUAUAAGGAGGGCUUGUGGAGAAAUGCAAGUACAGUAUCCCUGCUAUGCUGACUGAGGGCGAAGGCAUGGCYAGUCCCUCGCUGUGUGCUGCUAACACAGCAGCCUCCCAGGAUCUGCACAAAGUGUCCGGCUUUGCAGAGAAUAAAACCACACAGUGCUCCUUUUCAAUUGAGAGUAUAUUGGGACUGGAGCAAAAAAAAGAUGRCAUUCCAGCUGGGAAACCUCACAGACCCUGGAUGGAUGCAUGCCCCAGCUUGGUUUUAGGUGAUGACAGUAAUCCCCAUCUGCAAAUCCCUGUUGUUUGCUAUGAAAAUCCAUUAUUUCAUGCUAAAAGUGAUCCAGUGCAAGACGAAAAAGUUUUGAAAUGUGAAAAAUAUUUUUCAGUCACUGAACGGCUGUCUUUCAAACGAGAAUUGAGCUGGUACAGGGGUAGAAGACCAAGAACUGCAUUCACUAGAAACCAGAUUGAAGUCUUGGAAAAUGUUUUUAAAAUGAACUCSUACCCCGGCAUUGAUAUUAGAGAAGAGUUAGCCCGCAAAUUAGAUUUAGAUGAAGACAGGAUCCAGAUCUGGUUCCAGAACCGUCGUGCAAAGCUGAAAAGAUCACACAGAGAAUCUCAGUUUCUAAUGGUGAAAAAUACUUUCACCUCCAGUCUGCUAGAGUAGAAGGAAGGAAUGGGUUGCUGUUACAGUAAUGCAAGAAAGAAUGAAGAAUUAUUCAUAACCUGUAUUAAGUAAUGAUAUAGUAAUUAUGAUUUUAUGCCCAGAUUUGAAAAUUUAUUAUUAUUUUCAUUCAAAUAAACUGUAAAUACUUGAAGUAUUAUUAUAAUCUACUUUUUGUGGAAAAAGUGAA